AUGAGCCCCGGCACUCCUUCCCAGCAGUGCCUUUCUGGAGAGGCACGGGGCAGGCAGGGGGAUGGCAGCCCGCCGGCGCCCGCAGCUCUGCCCGCCGCGGAGCCCCGGCGGCUCGGGGCGCUGAGCGGAGCGGGCGGGCCAUGAGCGGGGCGCAGGGAGGGCAGGAGGCAGCCCCGGCCGAGCGGAGCUGAGCCAGUUCCUGCCAGCACCCCUGGACACUGUGAGCCCCUAACACCCACAGCUGAGCCCUGGACAGCGCUGGGGCCGAGCUCCUGCCCUGCUGACAGGGAUGAAGUCAGCACGGAGCUGAGCCAGGGCUGUGCCAGGGGCUGUGACCUGUGCUCCGAGUUCAAUGGGUGCCUGAGGUGCUCCCCCAAACUCUUCAUCCUCCUGGAGCGCAAUGACAUCCGGCAGAUCGGGAUUUGCCUGCCCUCCUGUCCCCUGGGCUACUUCGGCCUUCGCAACACGGACAUGAACAAGUGCAUCAAAUGCAAAAUUGAGAACUGUGAGUCGUGUUUCAGUCGAAACUUUUGCACAAAAUGUAAGGAAGGUUUGUAUUUGCACAAAGGGAGAUGUUACGUGACGUGCCCCGAAGGCUACGCUGCUGCCAACGGCACCAUGGAGUGCAGCAGUCCUGCACAAUGUGAAAUGAGUGAGUGGGGUCCGUGGGGGCCCUGCUCCAAGAAAAGGAAGCUCUGUGGCUUCAAGAAGGGCAACGAGGACCGGACCCGGCGGAUCCUGCAGGCGCCCUCUGGGGACGUGUCCCUGUGCCCGGCCACCACGGAGGUGCGGCGCUGCACGGUGCAGAAGAGCCAGUGCCCCGAAGGGAAAAGGAAGAAAAAGGAAGAGCAAGGAAAGCAAGACAAUGGGAACAGAAAUCGGAAAGACACCAAAGACACAAAGUCUGGCACCAAGAAGAGGAAGAACAAACAGAGAGGGGCCACGGUGCCCGCAACACCCGCCAGCCCUGCCCAGUAGCUGGCAGCGUGUCAUGGAUGGCAAGACUCCAUUGCUGCUAUGUAUAUGAAAGCUUUAUUGAACAGAGCACUGCUACACCAUGUAACGUGUCCAGAGACAGACAUAUACUCCAGACUGACCCACGGACUGACAGAGGCCACACACACACCCUGAAGGAGGCUGCACACACACACCCUGCCCAGAGCAGUGGGAGAACGCUGCUGAGGAGUGGGAGCAAAGCCACAGCGUCCCCAGGGCUCUGUGGGGACACUGCAGGGAGGAGAGGUGGAGCAUGAGCCACUGAAGGACCCAGACAUGGGAUUGAUUUCAUGAUCAAGGCCUCAAAUGGAGCCCAAGCACACAGCCCCACUCAGCCAGGGGAUGAGACUGAACCCCCCAGACACACACAGCAGGGGCCUCUUUCUCUUCCCUUACCCCUUAUUUUGUGUUUUAAGCUGUAUGACUUUAUCAUUGCAAAUAUGUGUUUGUGGUAAGAGGUCAGUGGUAUCUGCCCUGAAUCUGCUUCAAAGAAUUAUUUCAAAUUAAAAAAACAAAA